AUGAAGUUCCAGAAGAAAAGAGAGAUCAAGCAGCAGAUCCGGGAGCUGCGUACCAUCAUUUCACUGCAAGAGCAAGGCAAGAAGCUCUUUGUACAGGCGAUUGAGGAGAAGAUCAGUCAGAACAAAGAGCUUAUCAACUUCCUGCGUGGGAAUGUGCGGAGCAACAUUGGUAUGCUGGGCGUUGCUCAGAAGCAUGACCAGAUGAUGAUUUUGGAGGCAUGCCAAGAGCAGAAGCAAAUGAAGAUGUGUUUAGCCAGGAGCACAGUAGAGGCUGCUCGAGAGAAGCUGAGGAAUUACAUCUUUGACAAAACAAAUGUGCACAACUUGCUGCUUUAUGAAGUGAAAAGAAGGGGUCAGGCCCUGGAAGGGCUGCAGAGGAGGCUGCAAUUUCUGAAGGACAUGGAAGCAGCUGACAAAAAGUGCCACAAACAGAUGCAGAUUAUUCGCCAGCUGGAGAAUAACAUAGAGAAAAUGAUGAUGAAAAUCAAUACUGGUGAAAAGAUCUACUAUCUUUACCUCAAGAUGAUGGACUUCUUGAAGGACGAAUUAGCUUACCUGCCCUUGGAACUGAAUGCCCUUCAGCACAUGGUGGAAGUCUACCAUGUGGAGCUGAGGGGCAUGAAGCUCAUGGCUUUGGAUAACACAGAAGCAACAGAAGCAGCCAAGGCAGACAUGACCAGCAUGGAGAUGCAGCUGAUUGCAGAGAAGAAGUACCGAGAAAAUUCCUUAAACUUCAAAAAGAAGCAAAUUGAUAAGAUCCGGGUCAAGGACGCAACGGCCGAAAGGCACAGAAGAGUGACCAGGCGAGAUAUCAACAUGGAUUUCCCCACCCUGCUUCCUCGGGAGUCGCUGAAAGGUGUAAAGCUGGAGCCCUCCAAAGCCCAGAUGGAGUAUCAGAGCCAGGUGACCUCUGACGUGGAAAAAGUCAAGUGUGCAGUGGAGUGCUCACAUCUCUGGGAUAUUUCAGGGAGGUUCCUGGCCCAGCAGAAGUCUACAGAGAAUCUGCAGCAACAGAUCAAGGAAUGUGAUCAGAAGCGCAAAGAGCUGGAGGCCAAACUGAGGGAGCUGGAACUAGAACGUGCUGAGCUGAAAUUCCACCAGACCCCAAGCUUAGUAAGCUUAAAGAAACUGGAGGAAGAACUGAAGAAGAAUUUGGAGCAGGAGGAGACCAGACUGGAGCAGACACAAACCCAGAUGCUGAAGAAUCAGAAACUCUUGCUUUGUUUUGAAAAUGGCGUAGAUAACCUUUUCAUCAGACUGUAUGGGGUCAUGGUGCCCAAUGAGGGUGACAUCCACAUUGACACCACGGACACUUAUGAGAAGCUGAAGUUCUGUGAGACAAAGCUGCUGCACUUGACAAAGGUCACGUCCAAUCUCCCGUCUUAUAACUUCAGCAGGGAGGAGAACAAUGAGAGCUUUGUGAAGGUUAGAAAUUUUCUGGAGGAAACAACCAAGGCUGAGCCUCAGAACCUGAAGAUUUCUUUUGAGGAUGAAGAGGAUGUUGUGAGAGAUGCCUUUGACUUUGCUGACAAAGACCAGAGCUUUGUGCCCAACCGGGAGGAGAUCAAAAAGCAGGGGCUGAAUCUCAUUGAGAGCAAGACCAGGACUUCCAAGAAGAAGCAGAGAGGAGCGCGGAAGAAUCCCUGA